AUGGCAUCGAAAGAUUCAACUGGAGACGAACAUCGUCUCUCAUUUGCAAAGGCUGCCGAAGAGUCGGUACCCCCUGAGUCGCAGGACAGGAAAGGAACCUUCACCACUCAAGAAUCCUCCAGUAAUGUCCAAGGCGAUGUCGAUGCCAUCGAUCGACGUGUCGACGGUCUAACACAGGCUGUGCAAGACGUUCACAUCAUCGGGAAGAAGGGCCAAGAGAGCCCUGACUACUCGAGUGAAGGACAUGAAAAUGGAGCCCUGAAACGGGAGACCUCUUUCGAGGAUGAUCGGACGCAUCUUUCGAGCUCAUCAACGAAGCCGACAAGUUUCGAUUCGAAGAGCAUGGCCUCGGUCACUACAUUUGCUAUGGAUGAGAAGGAUUCUCUACGACCAGACGAUAGUGCCAGUGUACAAGCUAUCGACGAGGAGGAGAGUCUUUCUGGUCCUGCGUCCGGUGCACCGAAUUCCUUGACCGGAUCAGAAUCCGGUGCCCGCGGGCUUAGGGACAUCCAAAGAGCCCGGGCAGCUCUGCAAAAUGCGGGCCCGUUGUUUGACCCGAACCAGCGGGUUAACGGAUUGCCCGACUCUAUUCCCAACAAUUUCGUCAUUCCCAACCACGAUGCUUUCCAAAGUGGACAGCCUAUCGCCAUGCAUCCAUUCCCAUUGGAACCAGACGAAAAACUUCUCGAGGCGAUGAAGUCCCCCAAAGACCGUCUUCUCAUAUUACAGUUGGAGGAGAAGGUCCGAAACUUCAUCCAACAUUCCAAGGAACAAUCUUUGGAACUCCCGCCGUCUAAUGCGUUUGGAAGACUUCUCGCUCAUAAACUUGGCGACUACUACCACUUGACUCAUUUUGUGGAUAACAAUGUGACCUCUGUCCGACUCCAUAGGACACCGUUUUGUCGGCUGCCUACUCCUCUAUCUGUCAUCCAUGCGUCAGCCAACACUACUCCUCCUCCGGCCAUGCCCGCAAUGAAGAUCAUGCGGCGCAAUGAUGGAGAGCGUCCUGCGGAUGGAAGUACGGCUACAAGCUCUGCCGUUCCCUCGAAGACCGGUUCAGAGGCCGGCGAUAGCACCAACGAUGGGGAACGUGGAGGCUCUUCAGCGGGUGCCACACCAGCCAAGGACAGGCUAACCCUUACUCGGGAGGAACGCGAAGCCAAGUACCAGGAAGCCAGAGAGCGAAUCUUCCGCGACUUCCCCGAGACGAAGUCUUGCGAUGGGAGCAACGGCGACCAAAGUGGCAACAUGUCGCGCUCGAGCUCAACGAGCGGCCGCAAGAAAGCACAUAGGCAGAAGACGCCUCAUGAUGACAGUUUUGAGGUCCGAUCUCAGUACAACCUAUACUACCCCGGAGUACAUUAUCACGGGUCGACACCAUACAAUGUUCCGAUGAAUGACCCUUCAUUCCCCACACAGCCGUUCAUGGUGGGACCAGGCGCCAACCCACCGGGCAUGGGUUAUGCGCCUCAUGGGCCUAACGGGACUGUGUAUUCUGGUCAGGUUGGGAUGAAUCCGAUGCCACAGUAUUCCAUGCCGGUGUCUCCUCAGAUGAGUCCGAGCGGACCGUGGCAAAACGGGUCUGUUCCCCAGUCACCCUACUCUGGAUAUGCAUCCAUCAACCAAUCCCCGGCCAUGACAACGAAAUCUUCUCCCGCGUUGAACACCUACUCUGCGCCCAAUGGCAUGCAGUACCAACCUACACCUUCGGGCUGGUCGUCCCCUCAGUAUCAGGGAGGCUACCAACCGCCUACGCAUCGAAGUCACCCGGCAAUGCAGUGGCCGACCUACCCGUCCCAACCGCUUAACCCAACAUCCUACCCGUAUGCGCAAUACCCUGGGCAGCACAUGAACACGGCUAUGAACGGUCACCAGGGCCCGCAUCCUUUGCCCGGGAACUUCAAUCGGUCCGCCUUCAAUCCCCAGACGCGCUCCUUUGUUCCCGGUGGUGGCUCGUUAGGCCGAAACCCAAGUAAGAGCGGUCCGCAUGCUGUCAUGGGGUCAUACCCUAAUAUGCAGGGUACUGUUCAGCCUCAUUGGGGUGGAUUGCCCGACGUGAACAAAGCUUCGGAAGGCUUAGGACCUGCGGGGCCCCGUGGCCCUCCCUCUGGGAAUAGAGACUCUAUCGCUAAAUGGGGCACUCCCUCCCAUCUGCCUCCGAAACCGCCACCUUCCCAGGUCCCGUCUGAUUUCGACCUGAAGCACCGUACUGGCGCACCACACGCCGUUACCAGUCUGCCGACUGGUAACAACGGACCGUUGGUCGUCUCAGGAGGGGCCUCGCUGCCUCGAGCCAAUUAA